UAAUUAAGCUGCAGCUGCUGUGAAGACAUAUCCAAAAUUCGCUAACAAACCUGCUUCUCCCAUAAUUGAUACAUACAGUGAGGGGGACUUUUCGACCAAGGAGGAAACAUGAGUAAUGAGUAUGGUGUGUUAUUUUAGUUAACAUCCGUCACAACAGCUUUCAAGACGAAACCAAAUCGUUGCUUCACGUACUCACAUGGCAACAGUACGUUUCAAAACUGAGUCCCCCUACGUUAAAAGGGAGGAGAGAGAGCACGACCCAUCUGAUCUGAAGUACCAGAAGUUUCUGGAUACAGUCUCUGGGAGUGUUUCUAGCAGAAAACCUGUCACCAUGGCCCUCUUUGGGGUGGGAAGAGCUGGGGGUAUUCAUUUGGGGAAUUUAAAGGCACAUUCGAGUAUCAACCUGAGAUACGUUGUUGAAAGUGAUCAGAACAAAUGGGACCAGAUACAGUCAGUAUGUGGUAGCAGCACUGAAAUAGUUCACCCGGAUCAAGCAGCUGAGAUGUUAUCAGACCCCGAGCUGAACGCGUGUGUUAUCUGUACUCCUACCUUUACUCACAAGGAUAUCAUUCUGCUGUGUCUGGAGGCUGGGAAGGCAGUAUUCAGCGAGAAACCAAUAGGUGAAACUCCAGAGGACACUAGAACUUGUUACAUGACAGCUGAGAGAGUGGGUAAACCUCUUUUCUGUGGGUUUCAGAGGAGAUACGAUCCUACUUUUGCUGAUAUUCAGACCAGGGUUAGACGAGGAGAAGCAGGGCACAUCCAGAUAAUAAAGAGUAUAUCACGUGACAGCCCGCUACCCUCUCUUGACUAUCUCAAGAUAUCAGGAGGAAUAUUUCACGAUUGUAUGGUUCAUGACAUAGACAUGCAGUCUUGGGUACUUGGAGAGCUGCCAGUUCAGGUCCACACGAUCGCCAAUGCACAGAUUCCAGAAAUAGCUGAGAUUGGUGACUAUGAUAACGUUGUCACAACCCUUACAUACCCCUCUGGAACGCUAGGAAUAAUAAACGUCAACAGAUUUGCUGCGUACGGUUACGACCAGCGCCUAGAAGUGUUUGGUAUGAAGGCAAUGUAUGAAGCUAACAAUGGUAAACCUAACACGGCAGUUUACAGUACCAGUAGUGGGUCUAGUUCUGUUCCUAUAUACCACUCUUUUCCUUCUAGGUACGAAGAGAGUUACGCUGCUGAAAUGGACCAUUUUGUUGAUGUAGUGAACGGAACUAGAGAGUUACCCAUCACGUACUUACACUCCAGUGCUGUAUCUAAGAUAGCUGAUGCUGCUGAGAAGUCUGCUAGAGAGGGGGUCUCUGUAGGGCUAGUGUGGGACAAAGCGGAGAUACCGGCUGGAUACUUCUGUUGAUUAGCUAG